AUGCACCGCACCCCGGCCCUCUCACGCUGCACAUCUUGCCGCCGGUCCAUACUCGAAGCAUUCACCUCGCUCGCCGGCGUCAACCUCCCAGCCCGCACCGCACUUCCACCACUGUCUCGACCUCUCCAGACCCAAACCAGAGCAUUCAGCCACGCCUCCCCCUUCCGACAGUCUCUUGAACCCCCGACGAGCUCAGACCAGUCUGAGUUCGUACCAUGGUAUCUCCAAGUCGAAGACCCGGAGCCUCCAGUGCCCGCAUCACCGCUUCUCGCGCUUCAAGAGAUCCCACCUCUCCCGGAAAAUCCUCCAGCGAUCCUCUCGUCCGUCCUCAACCAUCUGUCCACCCAGAUCGGCCUCGACAACCUCACCCUUCUAGACCUGCGGCACAUUGACCCCCCGCCGGCGCUGGGCGCCAAUCUCAUCAUGGUGAUCGGCACCGCCCGCAGCGUCAAACACCUCAAUGUCUCCGCCGACCGUUUCUGCCGCUGGGCACGGAAAGAGUACAAACUGCGCCCGUUCGCCGACGGACUGUUGGGCCGCAACGAACUCAAACUCAAACUCCGCCGAAAGGCGCGCCGGAUGAAACUUGCACAGAGCGUGGGCAACACAAUGGUGACGCGCGAAAGCGACGACGGCAUCACGACAGGGUGGAUCUGUGUGAACAUGGGUCCGGUGGACGAGGCGGUCCUGCCUGCGGAGGUGGAGGGUGAGGCGCAGACGGCGCUGGCCGAGGCUUCAGUGGCCGACUCCCGACCCCUGCCGGACGAGGUUGCAGAGGACGAAGAGGACGAAUACACAAACCCACCGGACGACUAUGUCGGAUUCGGCAGUCGGAUCAACUCGCCCCGGAUAGUGGUGCAGAUGUUCACGGAGCAGAAGAGACUGGAGAUGGACCUCGAGGGUCUUUGGGAUGUUCGAAACACCCGCCGGGCGCGCAAGGCUAGUCGAGCCAAUGCCGCAGUGGAGGAGACGCAGAGGGAGCAAGACAUGGAAGCCGCGAGCGCGCGAGACAAAGAAGUGCACGAAGAGGCUACGAAGCAGAACAGUCCCCGGGAUGAUCCAAUGCAUGACGAGGACGUACCCAGCAAGAUGGAGAAGGAGAUUGAACGUACUGAAGAGCGCGAAGGCGUGGAUCAAUCUAAACCCAUGGGCUCGAUAGGUGCCAGCUAA